CACGGUUUUCUAUUGGCUUCCAGGUUCUUCUUCUUCGGUUGGUUGUCUUCCUGCCAUUAUAAAACAAGCAAAUAGCUCCCUGAUUCUGAACCUUUACCUUUUACAAGUCAAUCAUCUUGCUUAUUUGACUUAUUAAUCACUAUCUUCUUCCCAUCAAACUUUGUCUUCCUCGAUCUGCUAUACAAAUUUUCCGAACAGUAGCCGCCACAUUAUGAAUCUUUCUUGGUCCCUCUUCACUAAUGGAUUCAUACUCAUUCUUCUUUAUUUUAUCUUCUUCAGUAACUCAGGCGCUAAGAUCGUAACCCUUGAUGUUCAUGAAGCCAAGACUCUGAUCCAAAGUGGCCAUGUUUUUCUCGAUGUCAGGACGGUGGAAAAUUUCCAGAAAGGGCAUGUCGAUGCAGAUAAGAUCGUUAACAUUCCUUACCUGCUCGAUACACCAAGAGGUAAGGUGAAGAACCCAGAAUUUCUGAAGCAGGUUUCAUGUUCUUGCGACAAAGAAGAUCACAUUAUUGUGGGUUGCGAUUGUGGGGUGAAAUCUCUGUAUGCAACUGCUGACCUUCAGGCUGAUGGUUUCAAGGACGUGAGGAACAUGGAAGGAGGUUAUAGGGAUUGGGUUAAGGACAAGUUUCCAGUGAAAACCUUUGCAGUCAAUCAGGGUUGAUAAAAUGAGCCUCAUGCAAUUUUAGUAGUGUUUUUCUCUCCUAAAUGUAAUUUAUGAACGCAUAAUUACGUAGAAUUAGUUUUGUUCCAGUUUCAAAUAAUGAAAAGAAAAUAUUAUUUAUAUAA